AAAAGACGGGCGACGCUGUAAUUUUAAAACGACUACAAAUGAAGGCGACGGGAAAGGGAAGAUAAAUUUGGCAAUUUGCAUCGAAAGAGAUCUUUCUCUUCGCCACGACAUGUCGCGCCAAAGACCGAGACGAGCAGCUCUGCCGCCGGCUCAAGAGAACGUUGAGAAAUUAGAGAAAGUUAUAAAUGAUGGUAAUUUUUAUGGAGCUCAACAGAUGUACAAGUCUAUUAGCGCACGAUAUGUCACUGCACAGAGAUUUACAGAGGCAUUGGAAAUCCUGCAUUCUGGUGCAUGCAUCCAGUUAAAAAACAACCAGAUUACUUGUGGGGCAGAACUUGCUGUGUUGUACGCUGAGACACUUGUUAAAGCGAAAACUCCUUAUGAUGAAGAAACCCUUGAUAGCAUCAGAAAAAUUUUUGCGCUCUUUCCUCGGAUUCCUGUGCCAAAUACCUUGGAAGAUGAUGACGGCAUGCAUGAACUUACCGAAGCCCUUGGGAGAGCGAAAACAUGCGUAGAGGGCUGCUCAUCAUUCUUAAAGGCUGCUAUUAAGUGGUCUAUGGAGUUUGGAGCUCCUAAAACUGGAUCUCCAGAGCUGCAUGUUAUGCUAGCUGAAUAUAUGUAUUCAGAAUCACCCGAGAUGGACAUGCCUAGAGUAUCAUAUCAUUUUGUCAGGGGAAACGACCCAGCAAAGUUCGCAUCAAUUUUAGUCAAUUUUAUGGGCAAGUGUUAUCCAGGUGAAGAUGAUCUGGCAAUUGCACGGGCGAUUCUAAUGUAUCUGUCUAUGGGUAACCUGAAAGAUGCUAACUUUCUUAUGGAUGAAGUAAACAAGGAAGUGGAAUCUAAGCAACUUGACUUGGGUGAAUCAGACUUAAUUCAAUUUAUUACUUAUCUUUUACAGACGUUGCUGAGAGAUGCUUUGCCACUUUUCAAUAUGUUGAGAGCCAAUUACAAGUCAAGUAUAGACAGGGAACCUGCAUUUAAUGAGUUGCUUGACGAAAUUGCAGAGAGGUUUUUUGGAGUAAAGCGUAGAAAUCCCUUGCAAGGAAUGUUUGGAGACAUUUUCAAGAUGAUGUAGUGACAAACAGUGUCGUGCUAUCUAAACGAACCCAAAAUUGCUGCUAUUUUUCUGCAUUUCGAUGAGCGGAGUAGUUGAUUUGUUGGACACUCUCUGAAUUUUACUUUUUCAAACAAGUUCUUUGUUUUCUUUUGUAAGGAAAAGCUUCAUUACUGAACACCAUGCUGGGCAAUUUUGAAGAACCAAAAUUUCAGAAUGAUGCUUGGAAUGUAAUCAAAUUAUUCCAAUUCUUUUGCAACAAGUUCCUUUUAUUAGGUGUUCA